AUGGUAGACACUGUUACGCAAGCAGCACCUUUAAAAUCGUAUGUUCGCAUUGCGGAAGCUGUCCAUAAUUGGGCCAUAGAAAAUAAUAGUAAAUAUUGGGAUAGACAUAUUCAAGAUUAUGGACAAAUACACUUCACAGAGAAUGACCGCAAAUCAUGGUAUAUACGUUAUCCAUUCAAUCCUCCGUAUGCUGUUCAAUCGGCAUCACAAAACGAUAAUCAUCAACAGAGAAAAAUGACUGCUCUCAAAGAAAAAGAACGAGAUGAUGAAUCGAGUUUUUCUACGAUUAAUGUACUUCAAAGCAUUAGUCAUACUAUUGUUCCUAUGCAAACCGUAUCAUGUGAACCAGCUAAGCAUCUUAUUGAAUUGUUGCGUGAUAAAUGGGAGUUGCCUCCACCUGAAUUGAUAAUCUCAGUCACAGGUGGCGCCAGAAGCUUCAAUUUGCCACAACAAAGCCGUACCGCUCUUCAAAAGGGUCUGGUCGCAGCUGCUGUAACUGCCGAUGCUUGGGUAUUUACGGGAGGAACGCAUGCUGGAGUUAUGAAGGAUGUAGGUGAGGCAUUCGAAAAAUGGACAUACAAAACUACUAGUGUGGAUAAGACCCAUACUCGAGUUCCCGUUAUUGCAAUUGCAAGUUGGUAUUAUACAGCAAAUUAUAGUCAACUCAUUCAAGAACGAUCUCAGAAAUGGAACACCAAUUCUACACCCAUAUCAACGUUUGAUACUGUAGCUGAUCACGAAAAGCUCUAUCGCUAUUGUGCACCACAAAAGACUUCUAAAUCGUAUCCUCUUGAUCCAAAUCAUACUCAUUUUAUUCUUCUUGAUGAUAAAUGUGGUGCCAGUAACGAUAAAUGGGAACAAUACGGAUUUCCAGUUCGAGCCGACCUCACUAUUCAGUUGCGUGCUGAAAUUGAACAGGAAGCUCGUUAUAGUUCUCGUUAUAGGCAAAAUUAUAAAAUUCCAAUUAUUCAAAUACUGAUCGAAGGUGGUCCUUCAUCGCUUCUAACAAUGGUUGAAGCAGUAACGCAUGAAACACCUGUCAUUGUUAUUGAGGUAUGUGCUCAAUGUAAGACACAAUCAGACGAGCAAAUUACAUUUUCACUUUCACAGGGUACGGGUAGAGCGGCUAAUUUUAUUGCCAAAGCGUAUAAUGCAUUAUAUCAUAAUCAAAUAACAUAUGUUCCAUCAACAAACAAUAAUCCUAAUCUAGAACGACUUAUAAAAGAAGCCAAUGGAGAAAUUAUCACUAAAAGUAAUGAAAGCUGUUUUCGUGACAUGAUAACAUCGGAAAAAGGCUUCUUCUUAAUCAAUACAUUUCUACUGUGCCCUGACGAUUCCGAAUUCAAACUGGGUGAUGCCAUACUCGAAGCUUUAUUCCGGGCGGCAAGCAUGCCCAGACAUGAAGCGUCGGAUGCUCACGUACAAAAGCUCAAAUUAGCCAUGGCUUGGAACAAAUUUGAUUUGGCCGUCUCAGACAUGUUCAUUGAAGACAACAAGAUUCUAUGGACAGAUACUCAAAUGGACAGUGCUCUACUUCAUGCAAUUCAGCAUGGUUCUGUGCAAUUUGUUGAACUUCUCAUUGAGCAAGGUGCGUCGUUUGAUCGCCUUCGACGAUUGAUCAAUAUUAAUGACUUAUACAAAAAAAAAACUGGUCUACCAUUAUCGAACCAAAAAAUCGCACUAGACGAUAUUAACAAACAACAAAUGUAUUACACACAUUAUCUGAAUGCGGAAGCCCUGAAAACAGUCGACUCUUUUCAAGGAACUAAAGCGCCGCAUCUGAGCAAUAUCGAUAUCUAUGGCACUAUCGAGAAUCCCAUGGAACAGGCGACAAAUCUAAAUGGACUUGUUGUCUUCAAUGGAGACGAUGCUAUCAGACAAAGUGGCAAUGUGACACAAGUCUCGAUUGCUUUUUCAGAUUCUCGCUAUCCGUCUGUGACAAUUGAUAUGUUACAUGAUCUAGUUCUCUACGUCCUUUCGCCAACAUCCGUUGCCAAUUCUUUUCAAUUGAUCCAUAUGCAAAAGAUAUACGAGAGAGAUUGCAAAUAUCAUCAAAGCAAAUCAAUAUUUCAUGUAUACGACUUCAAUAUUUACAUCGAACAAGGUCAAUAUUUGGCUGUUGGCUUCCUCGAGAAUUCGCGCUCUCCAAGCUAUUUGGAUGACCAAGGCUUGUCUUAUGCACUUGAUAUCGACGUAGUCAAUAAACUCUCUUCGACCAAUGCUUCGAUUGAAUUCAAACGAUAUAUCAGAAGAGUAGCCAUUAGCUUUCAAUUAGUUCCCGUAUCGGAAUUUAUUCGUGAUAUAUUUCUUUGGUCAGUAUUUGCUGAUAGCUUCAAUUUGUCCAUCUGUUUAUGUUCACACAGUCCGAACGCAAUGAUUGCUGCUCUUUUAGCUAGUAAGAUUAAUAAAACAGCAGCUGAAUUGGCCAAUGACAAAGAGCUAGCAAUAAAAUACCUUAAAAAAAAAACAGAAUUCGAUGUACAUGCAGCACAAAUUAUCGAUAAAUGCUUUCUCCAAGAUGAAAAUUUUGCCCUACAACUAUUGACAACACGAUCACACUUAUAUUUCGGCUAUUCUUCGUUGAAACUAGCCGAAGAAACAAAUAAUCGUUCAUUUCUAGCCACUAGAUGUGUGCAAGCGUAUGCUGAUCGACUCUGUUCUUUUUCUCUUAUCACUACUUCACAACAAAUUGCCUGGAUUCCAAAUGAAAAUGUUGCAUCAUCACGUACAUACAUUAUCGUACAGAACGAGACCCACCCCUGGACAUGGAAUCUACUACGAAACGUGCUUGAUUGGGGGAUUUGGAAAAUUUAUGGACAAAUAGAUCUUAUCGACUACAGACUAGUUGAUGCACCGAAUAUUUCAGACGAUGUCUACAGUUUUCUCGAUGGCGGUAGCGAAUUACAUGCUAAUGUGAUGGAUUUGAUUGUGUUCAAUAUUGAUAAUUAUGUCGUCAGUGCUGGCACAAUCGAUAAGUUCUUAAUAAAUUUUUGCCGAGCUCCUACCGAAUCCAAUGCAAAAAUUAAAGUUUACAUUAUUCGAUCAAUAUUCAAUAAUAGGGAGCAUUUUUUUGUGCAAGAACAAGUGGAUUCCUUCGUCACCAAUCUCAGACCAUCUGUUGGAAUUCAAAAAUAUCAAGUUAAACCAUUCAAAGUACAGAAAGGUGACUAUGUUGGAUUCAAGUUUACCAAAAACGCUGGUGACCCAUUCACUAUUAAACAUGCCAGCUAUUAUGUUGAGCACAACGUUGACCAGAGCAUAGAAACAAAAGAAAUAAUGCAUUUUAAUCCAUGUGCCAACCAUGGCAUCACAGCCACCUAUACUAUGAGUCAUGACGAAAAUAGAGACGAUUCGAUUAGGAAGAAUAAUUUUAUUCUUUUCAAGAGGAAAACAGCAUAUUCGAGUCAUGUUGGAUUGACACCAUCAUCCGACGAUAAAAAACAAUUGAUUAUAGAUAAAAGUGGAAGGUCAUCCAUCGCUGUGCCAGUUAGACAAGAUCUCACCAAUCUGACUCAAUUUCAACAACGUGACAAUAUGUUACGUGAAAGCAGCAUUGCCCAAGACUACUUGCAACUUGUCAUAGAGAAUAUUAUGAGAGAAGAACGAGACGAUUCCAGUCGCGAGAGAAAAUCUCGAUUCAAGAACGAACAAGAAUCACUCAAAUUACAAAACCAACAAGAAAAACUCAUCGAGCUGCUCCAAAAGACUAUUAAUAAAAACCAAAAUAGAUCACCCAAGAAUAGUUGCAGCUCAUCUUAUGAUAAUGAUACAGCGGUAUGA